AUGAACCGGCAUGUCAAAAGUGGCACAUAUCCCUAUAUCCUGCCCCAAAGCUCCAACCCCGAAAACUUCACCCAGAAUCAGGUUCUAUGGACUCCCCGUGGCCUGAAACGUGCUCCUAACACAAUUCUGGAAGGUGAAAAAUUGGGUCCGCACUUAGGAAAAUCUUCACAUUUUGGGAAAAUCUUCACAUUUUCCUAACCCUAACCCUAACCCUAGCUCCAACCCUAACCCUAACCCUAGCUCCAACCCUAACCCUAACCCUAGCUCCAGCCCCUAACCCUAACCCCUUGCCCAAAGUCUCACCCUAACCCUAACCGUCGGACAUGUGCAGCACCACCUCUGGUCAAAAGCGGUAUGACACCCCUUUUUGCAAAGUCGCCCUCAAAUGACAGGAAAUGGCCUGAAACGUGCUCACAAUGCAUUUUCAACACUUCCAGACAAAGUCAAACACUUAAAAAACUUUGAAUUUUUCCAAUUUUCAUCUCCCAUUCAUUUUCAAUGGGAAAUUUUCAUUUCGCCAUAACUUUUGAUAGCAAUGUCCGAUCGCUGGUUCAUUAGUAUUUCUAGAUUCAGCAUACCCGAAAAUGGGGGGUAGACCAAAUCUCAGCCCGGUUCAUCAUUGGGAAAGGCAAUGAACCGGCAUGUCAAAAGUGGCACAUAUCCCUAUAUCCUGCCCCAAAGCUCCAACCCCCGAAAACUUCACCCAGAAUCAGGUUCUAUGGACUCCCCGUGGCCUGAAACGUGCUCCUAACACAAUUCUGGAAGGUGAAAAAUUGGGUCCGCACUUAGGAAAAUCUUCAGAUUUUGGGAAAAUCUUCACAUUUUCCUAACCCUAACCCUAACCCUAGCUCCAACCCUAACCCUAACCCUAGCUCCAACCCUAACCCUAACCCUAGCUCCAGCCCUAACCCUAACCCCUUGCCCAAAGUCUCACCCUAACCCUAACCGUCGGACAUGUGCAGCACCACCUCUGGUCAAAAGCGGUAUGACACCCCUUUUUGCAAAGUCGCCCUCAAAUGACAGGAAAUGGCCUGAAACGUGCUCACAAUGCAUUUUCAACACUUCCAGACAAAGUCAAACACUUAAAAAACUUUGAAUUUUUCCAAUUUUCAUCUCCCAUUCAUUUUCAAUGGGAAAUUUUCAUUUCGCCAUAACUUUUGAUAGCAAUGUCCGAUCGCUGGUUCAUUAGUAUUUCUAGAUUCAGCAUACCCGAAAAUGGGGGGGUAGACCAAAUCUCAGCCCGGUUCAUCAUUGGGAAAGGCAAUGAACCGGCAUGUCAAAAGUGGCACAUAUCCCUAUAUCCUGCCCCAAAGCUCCAACCCCCGAAAACUUCACCCAGAAUCAGGUUCUAUGGACUCCCCGUGGCCUGAAACGUGCUCCUAACACAAUUCUGGAAGGUGAAAAAUUGGGUCCGCACUUAGGAAAAUCUUCAGAUUUUGGGAAAAUCUUCACAUUUUCCUAACCCUAACCCUAACCCUAGCUCCAACCCUAACCCUAACCCUAGCUCCAACCCUAACCCUAACCCUAGCUCCAGCCCUAACCCUAACCCCUUGCCCAAAGUCUCACCCUAACCCUAACCGUCGGACAUGUGCAGCACCACCUCUGGUCAAAAGCGGUAUGACACCCCUUUUUGCAAAGUCGCCCUCAAAUGACAGGAAAUGGCCUGAAACGUGCUCACAAUGCAUUUUCAACACUUCCAGACAAAGUCAAACACUUAAAAAACUUUGAAUUUUUCCAAUUUUCAUCUCCCAUUCAUUUUCAAUGGGAAAUUUUCAUUUCGCCAUAACUUUUGAUAGCAAUGUCCGAUCGCUGGUUCAUUAGUAUUUCUAGAUUCAGCAUACCCGAAAAUGGGGGGUAGACCAAAUCUCAGCCCGGUUCAUCAUUGGGAAAGGCAAUGAACCGGCAUGUCAAAAGUGGCACAUAUCCCUAUAUCCUGCCCCAAAGCUCCAACCCCCGAAAACUUCACCCAGAAUCAGGUUCUAUGGACUCCCCGUGGCCUGAAACGUGCUCCUAACACAAUUCUGGAAGGUGAAAAAUUGGGUCCGCACUUAGGAAAAUCUUCAGAUUUUGGGAAAAUCUUCACAUUUUCCUAACCCUAACCCUAACCCUAGCUCCAACCCUAACCCUAACCCUAGCUCCAACCCUAACCCUAACCCUAGCUCCAGCCCUAACCCUAACCCCUUGCCCAAAGUCUCACCCUAACCCUAACCGUCGGACAUGUGCAGCACCACCUCUGGUCAAAAGCGGUAUGACACCCCUUUUUGCAAAGUCGCCCUCAAAUGACAGGAAAUGGCCUGAAACGUGCUCACAAUGCAUUUUCAACACUUCCAGACAAAGUCAAACACUUAAAAAACUUUGAAUUUUUCCAAUUUUCAUCUCCCAUUCAUUUUCAAUGGGAAAUUUUCAUUUCGCCAUAACUUUUGAUAGCAAUGUCCGAUCGCUGGUUCAUUAGUAUUUCUAGAUUCAGCAUACCCGAAAAUGGGGGGUAGACCAAAUCUCA